GCGCAAGGUACAUAUUACGUUAGAGACUUGCGUCCAGAUGUGGUUUUGUUACAAGCAGUAUCAAACGACCUGUGUAGGAGAAACACAUCAGUGAAUGAUAUUUACCGUGAGCUUGUAGACUUUGUAAUUUAUCUCCGUUAUGAGGAAAAUGUGAAGAAAGUGGUGGUGCUACAGACAUUGCAUAGAAUUCCCCCGACAAGGCGUAUCCGGUUUCACGUGGACACAGCAUGGUUUAACACGAGGGUGGAUGAACUAAAUAGACGAGUGUCCAGUUACUUGAAGAAUGUAGACUCAGCAACAUUCUUUCGCCUGUCUGGUUUCUGGUGUCCUAAUAAUCAACGGGCAGUAUUUUUGGCUGAUGGGGUCCAUUUGAAUUAUCAAGGAAAUAAGAAAUAUUAUAAUAAUGUGAGGGCUGUAAUUGUUUCAAUGAUAAAGUCUAUCAAUAAUGGUGGGUAUUUAUCUGUACAACAUUUAUAUUUAGUCUAAUUAUAAUACAUUCUACUACGUUCAUUUGAUUUAAUUGCUCAUUGGCGAUUGAUGCAGUCUUUAGUAUAUUAUUAUGCUAUAUAAAAAUAAACUCAUUUCAAUCUUAAUAUAUGGCAACCCUGUGGAUUGGGGUUGUUUUAUUCGAAUUUGCCAAUAUGGUGUAUUAUUGAUAAGCAACUUACAUAAACUAAACAUGAUUUAAUUUCCAGGAUUUUACACCCCUAUAUGGUCGGGGUUGACUUUUAGCAGGAUCUUGCACCCCUAUAUGGUCGGGGUUACUUGGAAUACAGCAGAUGAAUGAACCAGCUGGAGCGAGGCGACCAGCCAGGGCCAGAAGGCUAAGACGACAAGUACCAGCCGCGGCAGGUACAGCCGAUCAGGCAGCUCAGCAGGACGCUUUAGAAGCUGAACAGGCGGCUCAGCAGGACGCUUCUGAUACCUUACAGCCUCAGCUAGUAGCUGCUGUAACGGAGCAAGUCCUAAAGGCAAUCCGCGAACAGUCGGCUGGUGGUCAAUCUGGGGAGGAAAGAGGACGUGAACGCCAAAGAAGCUCGAGAGGAAGGAAACGUAGAAGACGGUCCUCUUCAGGUAGCAUGUUAGACUCUAGUUCGGAUCGAGAUAAGUCAGAUAAUGACUCAGAGGACAGCUCAUCCAGUGAGGAGAGUGAUUCAGAUGAUGAGCAGCAGCUCUUAUCAACUCCAAUUUCUUCUCAAGUCGAUAGUAAACUCAAAAACAAAAUAUGGCAAAACAAGUACAUUGACUUUGCAAAAUUAAUACCAAAAGAUGAUUUUAGUAGGGAUAAGUCAGUACACUUGCAAAGCAUGGGUAAAUCAGAAUUUAAGUUUGUGACCUCAAAAUCAAAAACAGCCAUUAAAUCUAUUGAUCAGUGGACCACAGCAUUUUUAAAAUUUUUGGCCAUUUACUCUGAGAAAUUCCCCAACUUGGUACCAGCGGUCAUCAAACAUGGUGAAAUAGUGCGCGAGCUAGCUAGCAGACGCACAGGUUUGGCAUGGUUAUCAUAUGAUAGGCAAGUCCGCAAGGACAUAGAAUCAAUGUCAAUUCCAUGGGGGCAACUGCACUAUGAGUACUGGGUUAUGGCCACCACAUCGCGACAAUCUAAUUAUGGCAAUCAGACACAUAAUUUUCGUGGCCGAUACCAAUUCCAAAACAAAGGGGGGGCCUAUAAAGGCAAGAGAAUACCCCAGGGAUAUUGUUAUGCUUUCCACAAAACAGGACAUUGCACAUCCCAGAACUGUCAAUACAAGCACCUUUGCCCUCAGUGCAGGAAGCCACACUCAGUGCUUUUCUGCACAUGGGGUGAUCAAUCGCAAACCUCUGUCCCAGGGUCCCAAACCAGACAAAAAGAACCCACUAGUACAAGCAAAUAGAUUAAUUGUCACUCCCGUAAGAGUAUUAACCCUAGAACACUUUCUUAAUGGGUAUGAUGAAGAUUUAAAAACAUUUUUAUGUAAGGGUUUUGGGGAAGGUUUUCAUCUUCAAUAUAAUGGGCCGAGACAGUCAAGGCGUUCAUCUAAUUUACUUUCGGUAAAAGAACAUGAAGAUAUUGUAGCACUAAAACUGCAGAAAGAAAUUUCUCUUGGUAGGAUUGAAGGUCCAUUUGAGGUACCCCCAUUUGAAAAUCUUCAAUGUUCCCCUAUUGGUCUUGUCCCAAGGAAAGAAAUAAAUGAAUUUCGCCUUAUUCACCACUUAUCUUAUCCUGAAGGGGGUUCUGUGAAUGAUUUUAUCCCGGAUGAUCUAUGCUCAGUAUCUUAUACAACAAUUGAUGAUGCAAUUAAACUUAUCAAAAAAAUUGGAAAAAAUUGUUUGCUAGCGAAAACAGACAUCGCAUCAGCAUUUCGAAUUUUACCGGUUCAUCCAAACGAUCAUGAGCUAUUAGGAAUUCAGUUUCAGGGUUCUUUAUAUUAUGACAAGUGCCUUCCCAUGGGAUGUUCUAUAUCGUGCUCUAUUUUUGAGACAUUUAGCACAGCAUUACAAUGGAUUGCUUGCAGCAAAUUUGGGGUUCCCAAUAUGUUGCACAUAUUGGAUGAUUUUCUUUUUAUAGGUCCUCCU